AUGGUCCUUUCCCCUUUGUCUGGGAAAAGAAUUUUGGGAUCUUGGAUGGCUCUUUCUGGGGUUCAUAAAGAAAGAGGAGAAGUGAGGAUUCAUGAGAGCUUGGAUGAGCUGAGCACAGAUUUGGCAGAUUAUAUUGCUGAACUAUCUGAGGCUUGUGUGAAAGAGAGAGGAGCAUUUGCCAUUGCCUUGUCUGGUGGUUCUCUCAUUGGUCUCAUGGGGAAACUCUGUGAAGCUCCUUAUAGCAAGACAGUAGACUGGGCUAAAUGGUACAUAUUUUGGGUAGAUGAACGUGUGGUUUCAAAGAGCCAUGCUGAUAGCAAUUAUAAGUUAGCAAAAGAUAACCUUUUGUCCAAGGUUCCAAUUGUUCCAAGUCAUGUACACUCGAUAAAUGACUCAGUCUCGGCAGAGGAUGCAGCCGAUGAGUACGAGUUUGCCAUCCGACAGCUGGUGAAAAUGAGGACAGUCGAUGUGUCUGACAUCAGUGACUGCCCUAAGUUUGACCUUGUGCUUCUUGGUCUGGGACCUGAUGGUCAUGUAGCAUCUCUAUUUCCUAACCACUCUGCGCUCAUCGAGCAAGAUGAGUGGGUUACAUUCAUUACCGAUUCCCCUAAACCUCCACCGGAGAGAAUCACAUUCACUUUACCUGUCAUCAACUCGGCUUCCAACGUGGCAGUAGUUGCAGCAGGCGAAAGCAAAGCGGAGGCUGUACACUUGGCGAUUGAUGAAACUGAACCUGAUGAUGGCAAGACUUCACUGCCUGCAAGAAUGGUGCAGCCGAGGAAUGGGAAGUUGGUCUGGUUCUUGGACAAGUUAGCUACUUCGAAGCUCCAAGGUUCUCAUUCAGAAUAG